UAACUACAGUGGAGAAUUACAGUUUCCAAUGGGCACCUCCAGCGCAAGUGGAAAUCAUAUUCAAUCGAUAUGGACAAGUCGUUGAUCAGACCCAGCUUCACUGACAAGGUUGGAAAGAGGAGAAAUGACAGGUGGCGUACAAACGUAGUGAACGUAACCCAACUAGACCGGAUACGGAUUUUCCUGAUCACAGCUGAACUGUCCGUUCACUGAUCAUACAACGUGAAGGGUGGAUGCUGUGCUGAACGUUACGGAGAACUACGAGGUCAACUGCACUGUCCCCAUAGCGAACACCAUCCAUGACGGAAAAGGAGUGGCGAGUGCUCCACAGAAUCCUGGUGGUCACUGAAAUUGGGCGUAACUCCUACUGUUGGCGGGUGGAAGCAUCCAGUCAACCCUAAUGGCUCAUACUGCAGAUAUCGUGUAAGAGUUCAGUUGACGGACGGUAGCGGUACAGUGAUGGAAGAAACGCCAGAUGGGUCCUCAACGUCCCUGCUGAUCACAGGACUACGAGGUUUCACAAACUACACGGCUAUAGUGUGGGCAAUAAAUGGAGCUGGGGUUGGGGAAGAGUCUAGGCCAGUUCCGUUCAGGACAGACUUUGGGGUGGUGCCACCGACAAUCAGCAACGUUGUCGCUAACAUCGAUCUGCAACAGUACACCUUCACUAUCAGCUUCAGUGUUGAAUAUGGACCACUCAGCCACUAUGAGGUGUAUGCAGUCAUCACUGACCAGCCUCCUGACACGUCAGUCAUACUCUCGGAGCAAACCGACAACUCAUACGUUACCUUUGCUGGACGGGCCAGCUCGGGUCUGUCACAGACAGAUCACGGUAGGCACUGGCGUCCCUGGAGACGUGACUCUAGACGGCCAGCAAGUCAACUAUGACAACCGACGUGUCAGACUUGGAGUCACCUAUUACUUCUUCGUUCGACUCUACAGCAGUCAAGACGAUAGAACAAGAUUUAAUGAUAGUGCACCUGUCACACCUCCAGUUGUUAUCCCGGCACCACCAACGACCGAGGAUGAUCCAACAGUUCCCAUCAUAGCUGGUGUUCUAGGAGUUCUGGCAUUCAUCCUUGUCCUGGUUCUGGUCAUCCUUCUCAUCUUUGCCUGCCGAGGGAGGAUAUCUGAUUCGUACAAGGUGCCCCAUCUGCGAAGACUGGAAGAUGGGGAGAAAGGAGGGAUCGAGUUGCGAAGAAGAACAAGACAUUUCACCCCAGUUCUUGACGUGGGUGACCCAAACGUCUUCACGUCAGUCGGCCAACCCACCACUCUGGUCUGUGAGGUCUCUGGCACUCCCGCACCCACAAUCAAAUGGUCCCACGAGGGGAAACCCCUGGACGACGAGCGGUUCCUAGUCCUCGCUGACCACUCCCUCUUCAUCCAGAACACCUCACUCGAGGACGAGGGAUCCUAUCUAGUGACGGCAGAGAACUCGACUGGAACUACUUCAGCUCAGAUCAAAGUAACAGUCAUCAAACCAACACCCCCCGAACAUGACGAGAGCCACCCUCCAGUUCCAGUUGAUAACUUCACAGAGUACUUUGCUAGAAUGACAGCCAACGAAGGAGACGAUUUGGAAGAGGAAUACCAGGAUGUGGAGCCUGAUUUUGCCCACACCGCAUUUGCCGCCAAAUUGUCCAUCAACCGUAACAAGAACCGCUACAUCAACAUCAUCCCAUAUGAUCACAGUCGGGUGAUACUGGCUCUCCAGGAGAACACUCCAGGCUCUGACUACAUCAAUGCCUCCUACAUUGAUGGUUACAGGAGGAACAACCAGUACAUAGCAACGCAAGGCCCGACAACCACCACACUGGCCGACUUCUGGAGAAUGGUCUGGGAACUGGACUGCCCCACCAUCGUCAUGGUUACCAAACUGGAGGAAGAGGACAAGAGGAAAUGUGAGCAGUACUGGCCGUCCUAUGGCUCCACCACAUAUGGGAAUGUACAAGUUACGCUGAAAGAGGCUGAGAACCUUGCCGAAUACAGCAUCAGAACUUUCUCCAUCACUCCCUUGGCCGGGCAAAGCAGUGCACAGAUGCCUGUUCGAGAGGUGAAGCAGUUCCAUUUCCUCAAGUGGCCUGAUCACGGAGUCCCCAACUACGCCACAGCCCUCCUGCACUUCCGGAAGAGGGUUCAUCUCUAUCACCCUCUCAAGAGAGGGCCCAUGAUUGUCCACUGCAGUGCUGGCGUUGGACGCACAGGUACAUUCGCCACAGUAGACUACUGCAUGGAGCGAAUGGAGGGAGAGGGAAGUGUGGACAUCUUCAACUUUGUCCAGCAGAUGAGAUACAAGAGGAACUACAUGGUCCAGACUGCGCCUCAGUAUGAGUUCAUCCACGAGGCGAUCAACGAGGCCAUAACCUGCGGGGACACCUCAAUCAAGGCUCCGGAGCUGAAGGACUGGCUGGCCAAGUUGACCCCUGACUCCGAGACCGGAAAGACUGUUCUGGAAGACCAGUUCAAACGACUGGAGACUGCCAGUCCUCACGAUGAGGAAUUUGACUGCACUGUUGCAGAAGUGAACAAAGACAAGAACAGAGUCAACAAGCACCUCCCAGCCAAUGAUCAGAGGGUCGUCCUCUCAACGGAGAACGACCAAUGUGACUACAUCUGUGCCAGCUACAUUGAUGUGAGUUUUGGGAGUUUCGCUAGUAAUUCAUGUUCAGAAGAAAACUAUAACCAUUGACACUGUGCAUUAAUUAGACUUCUUGCUUUCCGUACCGUAUAUAUGUCUGCUUCUCUCCUCUUGUUUUGCUGCUGACUCUGGGUCCUCCUCUCUCCUGGUCACAGGGCUACCGUCAACGUAAUGCCUUCAUGAUCACACAAGGCCCAAUGGAGGACACCGUGGGAGACUUCUGGAGAAUGGUGUGGGAGCUCAAGAGUGCCGCCAUUGUCAUGCUCACCCAGCUGGAGGAGAAUGGAGAGGAGAUGAGUAGAAAGUACUGGUCCGACACAGUGGGAGAAGCUGCCGUGUUUGGUCUCUUCCACGUGGAGCUGACCUCUGAAGUCAGGGACCUGGGCGACUACUGCACUAGGAAAAUCAAACUCUCUCCCAUCAGCAAUCCCCAGGAGACCCGCAUAGUGACUCAGUUCCACUUCACCAAGUGGACCCGCAGUUCCCCACCCGAGUCUGCGAAACCCAUGAUUGACAUGAUCGAUGAACUCCAGCGAGUCCAGCGCAAGUCUGGCAAUCAGCCAAUCACAGUCCACUGCAAUGAUGGGCUAGGUCGAACGGGUACGUUCUGCACCUUGUAUUACGUUCUGGAUCGCGUGAAGACGGAGCAAGUGGUGGAUGUGUUUCAGGCAGUCAAGACCCUGCGUAUCCAGCGUACUGGACUUGUGGACAACCUGGAGCAGUUCAAGUUUGUGCACACUGCCACGAUGGAGUUUCUCAACACCUUCUCAGACUACCAGAACUUCAAGUAGACUGAUAGUACUAGAGUCCUUAACUUUGAACCUCAAUUUUUGCUGAUUUUGUAUAUCUCUGUACACUGUAGUUUAACCUAUAGUCUUAGUUCCCUGAGCCUUUUGGUGUGUGUCAUUUCAUGAUUCAUUGUUGUGUUUAAUACUCUGUACUCUGCAUGGAACAUGAAUCAUUUUCUUUGAAAGUUGAUGACUAUGUCAAAUACUUGGCUGCGUGCGU